AUGGCUCGCCACCACCUCCCGCUCGCCGUGGCCGCCGCCUUCGCCUUCGCCGUCGCCGCCGCCGCCCUGCUCGCCCCGCGCGCCGCUUCGGCCUACCCGUGGCCGGUGUGCGGCGACAGCAGCAGCUUCAAGCCCAACAGCACGUUCCAGGCCAACCUCGACCUCCUCGCCGCCACGCUGCCCCGGAACGCCUCUGCGUCCCCGAGCCUCUACGCCACCGUCGUCGCGGGCGCCGUCCCGGAGCAGGUCUGGGCCAUGGCGCUCUGCCGCGGCGACACCAACGCCACCAGCUGCCUGAGCUGCCUCGCCCAGGCGUUCCGGGACCUGCCCAACGACUGCACCUACGACAAGGACGCCACCAUCUACUACGACCCCUGCACCCUCCACUACUCCGACGUCCACACCCUCCCCGGCGACGACACCGGCCCGGCGCUCAACACGUACACCGUCAACAACAACGCCAACGUCACGUCGGACCCGGCCCGGUUCGUGAGCCUCCUGGCCGCCCUCGUGAACGCCACCGCCGAGCGCGCCGCCAACGACUCCGCGCGGCGGUUCGCCACCGGGGAGGCCGACUUCGACCGCGAGUUCCCCAAGGUGUACGCGCUGGCGCAGUGCGUGCCGGACCUGACGGCGGCGCAGUGCCGGAAGUGCCUCGCCGGGAUCGUGGCGAGGAACCUGCGGGGGUUCCAGAGCAACAUCGGAGGCAGGGUGCUGGGGAUCAACUGCACCUACCGCUACGAGACCGCGCCCUUCUUCAACGGCCCGGCGACGGUGCGGCUGGCGACGCCGGGCUUCGGAGCGCCGGCGCCGGUGCCGGCCGUGCUGCCGGCGGCGGCCGGAGGAGGAGGAAGAAAGUACAGUGUGUUCGGUGUGGUUCUCGCAGUUGUUCUGCCGACUCUAGCAGCGCUGAACCUUGUGUUCUGCUUCUGUUUCUGGAGGCGGCGGCGGCCAGUUGCACAGACCAAGCAGUCAUACCCCGUGUAUUCAGCGGAAGCAGAGGACAUGGAAACAGUGGACUCGAUGAUGAUCGACGUCUCCACGCUGCGAGCCGCGACAGGGGAUUUCGACGAGAGCAACAAGCUCGGCGAAGGCGGCUUCGGGGCGGUGUACAAGGGUGUUCUCCCCGACGGCGACGAGAUAGCGGUGAAGCGGCUGUCGAGGAGCUCGACGCAGGGAGUGGAGGAGCUGAAGAACGAGCUCGCGCUGGUGGCCAAGCUCAAGCACAAGAACCUCGUCAGGCUCGUCGGCGUCUGCCUGGAGCAGCAGGAGCGGCUGCUCGUGUAUGAGUUCGUCCCCAACCGGAGCCUCGACCUCAUCCUCUUCGACUCUGAAAAUGAGAAACGUGAGCAGCUUAACUGGGAGCAAAGGUACAAGAUCAUCAACGGCAUCGCUCGGGGCCUGCAGUACCUACACGAAGACUCCCAGCUCAAAGUUGUCCACCGUGAUCUCAAGGCCAGCAACAUUCUGCUGGACGCGAACAUGAACCCCAAGAUCUCGGACUUUGGCCUCGCGAGGAUUUUCGGCCGAGACCAGACGCAGGCCGUCACCAACCGAGUCGUCGGCACCUAUGGGUACAUGGCCCCAGAGUACCUGAUGCGUGGGAACUACUCCGUGAAGUCGGACGCGUUCAGCUUCGGCGUCAUGGUGCUGGAGAUCGUCACGGGGAGGAAGAACAACGACGGCUACGACUCCCAGAAAUCCGGAGACCUCUUGACGACCGUAUGGGAGCACUGGGAGGCCGGGACGGCGACGGAGCUGGUAGACCCGAGCAUAGGCGGCAGCUUCCGGGAAGGUGACGUGCUGCGAUGCAUCCAUAUUGGGCUGCUGUGCGUCCAGGGAGACCCGGCGAGCCGGCCGGUGAUGUCGUCCGUCGUGAUGAUGCUCGGAACCGAUACAGUCACCCUCCAAGCCCCAUCCAAGCCGGCGUUCUUCGCCAGGAAAAGCGGCACCAACACGACCGUGUCAACUGAUCUGUCAGUUUAGAGUUAGCCACACGAGUUUAGAACAAUAUUCAGUUGAUAUGUACUCAGUAGGACAUAGAGAGUGGGAUAUCUGCAAGUAUAGUCAGUCACAUUGGGCGAUCUGCAAGAAGCAUUUGCCGAGGGGUUCUGUCUGAUGGUCCUAUUUUUUGAGAGGGAGAAGAAAGGAAAGAUGGUCCAACCGUUACAAGUGUGACUAGCAAA